AUGCCGCAAUACGAGGAAGGCCAGACCGUCCGUUACAAGGCCAUCGGCCCCAACUCCAACACCGCCGAGAGCACAGGCAUCAUCAAGAAGGUGGCCACUGAGCCAACCACCCUUGCCCACCGCAAAGUCGAUGCGUCCGAGGAGCGGCCCCGCUAUGAAAUUGAAAAUUCCAACACCGGCAAAACCGCCGCUAUCUACGAGGAGAACAUUCUUCGCGUUGCGAAGUAG